AUGGCUGGCCCCACCAGGAUUGUCGAGCCUGUCGAGUACAACGUGCGUGAUUUGAUUAUCUAUGCGCUUGGCAUUGGCAGUGCAGAUCUUCGCUACAUUUAUGAGAAGCACGCUGACUUCGCGGCGUUUCCAACCUAUCCUGUGGUUUUGUACUACAAGGGAGUGUCCUAUGACGCGCUGCCAUUUCCUUCACCGAUUCUGGCGGCCUUCCCCAAUCCGCCCAUGCAAAAUGCCCGCGGCCCGCUGGACGCGGGCAUCACAGUGGAGCGCCUUGCGGAGAUCCCGAAGCAGGGAGCCCGCCUCAAGCUGGCCGGAGGCGCCGUCAGCGCCCACAAGAAGGGGAAAGGCGCCUUGGUCGAGCGUGCCUUCGACCUCGUGGAUGACGCAGGCAAGGUGUACUACAAGUUUGUGGAUGCCAGCUACAUCGUCGGUGCAGACGGCUUCGAAGACUUUGGCCCUGUGCUUACCAAGCCGGUGACGGUGCCAUCCACCCCGGCCAAGCAUCGAGUGGAGACCAAGAUCGAUCCCCGAGCCGCGUGCCUCUACCGCCUCUCUGGCGACUACAACCCCUUGCACGUGGAUCCGGAGUUUGCGCGGCUGGCCGGCUUCGACGCGCCGAUCCUUCAUGGCAAGUGCACGUUUGGUCAUGCCACGCGGGCCUUGCUGGACACUUUGGUGGGCGGCGAUCAGCGGCGGUUCCGCAGCUUGCAGCUGAGGCUGGUGUCGCCUGUCCUUCCAGGCCAAACGUUGGUGACCGAAAUCUGGGAGGUUUCUUCAGAAGACUUCCUCUUCCAAGUUUUGAUCAAAGAAACUGGCAAGAUGUGCAUCGGGAAUGGACGCCUCCAGCUCACUCCAGCCAGCAGGAUGUAG